GGACACGAUGGCAACCUCCCUGGCAAUGCUGUGGACUUUGCUGUGGCUGCAGCCAGUCAAGACAGCUGGCGGUCUGGGUGAUAUGGCCGACCAGUACUUCGCAUCCAUGAGCUCCCCCGCGGUGAUGAAGUUCUGCAAGGGGCCCGGAGCCAAGGCUUGCUGUCCUGAGUCGCAAUGCAUUCCGGGCAUGGAGAUGUUCAGCGGCUGCGACGCCGCGCGGGGCAUGACCACCUGUGAGGCGCAUGAGGAAGCCUCCUUCUUCCCCGUGAGGAAUGGCGUCUGCAGAUGUGGAGAUGGCUGGUCCUGUGAAACCGGCAAAUGCAUCCAGAUGAAGGAUGCCGCCGCUUUCCCGGCGCCGGCGGCGGAAAACGGCGGCACGGUGCUGAAGCCUUUGCCCGAGCUGCACCGGACGCUGCUGGAUGACAAAGCGAAGCGACAGGUGCAUUACCGUCAUGCCGCCCUCAUGAAUUGGGCGCUGCUGACGGUGAGCGCCGGCACGGUGCUGAUGCUGUUGCUCUGGGGCACCAGGGUUGCCGUGCGUGGCUUCUGUGCCGUGGAGGCUGCGGCGACGUCCGAAGAGCGGCCCUAUCGUCACAGCGAAGUCCAGGGCCUGUUGCUUCCAUCCCAGGCACAGGUCACAGCGGGGGCAUGGACCGGUCCGGGUCCGCAGGCGCAGCAGGCGCUCGAGUUGCGUCAGCCAUAGGACGCCAAAAGCGGGAACGCGAGCGAAAAUUCGUUUCACUGGGCACUUUAGACAUCAAGGGGCCAGAAAAUUCUUGUUCAAUGUUUCGGUUGUGUCAACUCCCAAAAAUUGCCAUAAUUCAUAGGGAAAAGCCAUGGUUUGAUCAUGGGAUUUUGGGGUUUUCCCCUGAAUUUUCAGAGAGCACCAUAUGUUUCCAGUGGUUUUUGACGAUGGAAGCCACAAAGAGAUCUGUUCGCGGAAUGAGAUCCUGAGCCCUCAAUCUGACGGAAGUGCAUCAAAACCCCCCAGAAGUGGUGGAGUUUUUUUUGAUGCCGGUGCCGCCACGAAACAACAAGGCAGACGAGUCGGGUGAUUGCCAAA